AGGCAAAGUGACUGCUGAAGACGUGUGUGAGAGUGUGUGUGUGUGUGUGUCAGUGUGUGUGUGUGUGUGGAAGGGGGUGUUUCUCCGGCUGCAAGUGAAAGCGAGAACUCAGCUACUGGAAGCUCUCAGACUCAGCUGCAUGGGAAGUGGAGACAGGAGAGGACGCAAGAGAGGAGAGAAGCAUCUACACAGGCGGCACUUCUAUUGGCACAAUGGCACCCUAAUGCACAGCUGAGGGAGAGGAAGGCUCGGGCACUGACUGGAAUUGACCUGCAAGGAGCAGCCGGGAUUCAGUGCCGCUGGAUACGUGCGACAUUGGAGCAGCCCGUGCAGAACGACUCACCCCAGCAACACAAGAUACUUUAGGAAUACAGAUAUAAGACGGGGACCUUGUGGCCGUGUGGAUCUCCCAAGCCCAUGUGGAUUACAGCAGCAGCGGCUCACUGUACAGUGGCUCAGGCGGAAUGAGGUGAGGAAUAAGGUGAGGAAUAAGAAUCAUGUAAAGAACACUGAAGUACAGGAGGAGGUAAACACCAAAGAGAGCCAGGGAAACAUAUCUCUUCCUUCUCUCCUCUGACACAAUGGAACAGCGAAGGAUCUUGAUGUGGACUCAGGGAUCUGUACGCCUCCACUACUGGGCAUCUUCUUCUGUCUUGAUAGUUUUGACCAUGUUAUCUUUAGACUUUCCUUGUGCUUCCCUUUCUAACACCUUUAAUGUUGAACACAGGGAUUGGACAUUUAGCCACCUUACUGUACACCAGACCACUGGAGCAGUGUAUGUAGGGGCUGUAAAUAGGAUCUACAAGCUCUCUGGAAACUUGACUCUGUUGGUAUCCCACAACACUGGCCCAGGGGAAGAUAACAAGUCAUGCUACCCACCACAAAAUGUACAGCCCUGUAGUGAACCUCGUACUUUGACAAACAAUGUGAACAAACUUCUCAUCAUUGACUAUGCUGAAAACCGUCUCUUGGCAUGUGGGAGCUUGUAUCAGGGUGUAUGCAAGCUUCUUCGUCUGGAUGAUUUGUUUAUCCUGGUGGAGCCAUCACACAAAAAAGAGCACUAUCUCUCAAGCGUUAAUGAAACAGGUACUAUGUAUGGAGUAAUUGUUCAUUCUGAAGGUCAGGAUGGCAAACUGUUCAUUGGAACUGCAGUAGAUGGCAAGCAGGAUUAUUUCCCAACACUUUCCAGCCGAAAGCUGCCUCGAGACCCAGAAUCAUCUACAAUGUUGGAUUAUGAGCUGUACAGUGACUUUGUGUCAUCUCUCAUUAAAAUUCCAUCAGACACACUUGCCCUGGUCUCACAUUUUGACAUUUUUUAUGUGUAUGGGUUUUCUAGUGGCAAUUAUGUUUAUUUUCUCACUGUUCAGCCAGAAACUCCAGAGGGCAUCUCCAGCAAUUCAGCCAAUGACCUUUUCUACACCUCCCGCAUUGUAAGAUUAUGCAAGAAUGAUCCCAAAUUUCACUCUUAUGUUUCACUGCCAAUUGGAUGCACCAAGAAUGGAGUGGAGUAUAGGCUUCUGCAAGCUGCUUACCUUACAAAGCCAGGAGCAACAUUAGCUAGGUCACUGAAGAUCACCACCCAAGAUGAUGUUCUUUUUGCCAUCUUCUCCAAAGGCCAGAAGCAGUAUCACCACCCACCUGAUGACUCUACAUUGUGUGUCUUCACGAUCAAGACUAUUAACUUACUUAUUAAAGAAAGGCUACAGUCUUGUUACCAAGGGGAGGGUCACCUGGAACUAAACUGGCUUUUAGGAAAGGAUGUCCAGUGCACCAAAGCUCCAGUUCCCAUUGAUGAUAAUUUCUGUGGCUUGGAUAUUAACCAACCUUUAGGAGGAUCCACCAUGGUGGAAGGUGUUACACUGUACACAGAAGGCAAAGACAGAAUGACAGCACUAACAUCAUAUGUCUACAACAACUACAGUGUGAUAUUUGUGGGCACCAAAAGUGGAAAGAUUAAAAAGAUCAGGGCUGAUGGACCCCCUGUUGGAGGCAUUCAGUAUGAAGUAGUUAAUGUUCUGCGAGAUGGAAGUCCUUUACUAAGGGAUAUGGCAUUCUCCACAGACAACAAAUUUCUAUACGUCAUGUCAGAGAGACAGGUGUCCAGAGUAGAAGUGGAGCACUGUGAGCAGUAUACAAGCUGUGAGGAAUGUCUCAGCUCUGGUGACCCUCAUUGUGGCUGGUGUGUGCUUCAUAACACGUGUUCACGGAAGGAUAAGUGUGAACGGGCAGAUGAGCCAUUUCGAUUUGCGGACAACAUGAACCAGUGUGUGAAGGUUAACGUUCAACCCAACAGCCUCCCAGUAUCUGAACACAGCCUGCCGCUCACUCUGCAAGUCAGCAAUGUCCCUGACCUUUCUGCUGGGGUGACAUGCUCUUUUGGUAAUCUGAAGCAAGAAGAAGGUCAAGUGCUAAGUGGAAAUCGCAUUGUCUGUGUUUCACCAGCAGCCAAGGAUAUUCCCACCAUGCUCGCUGCCCAAGACUGGUUUGGUGUGGAGUUACAACUAAUCUCCAAAGAGACUGAGAAGACUUUUGUCAGCACAAACUUCAAAUUCUACAACUGCAGUGCUCACCAGCGUUGUUUGUCCUGCGUGAAUGGGGAUUUUCGCUGUCAUUGGUGUAAAUACAGAAACCUCUGUACUCAUGACCCAACUUCCUGCUCGUUCCAAGAGGGCCGCGUCAAUGUCUCUGAGGAUUGUCCCCAGCUAGUACCCAGUGAGGAGAUCCUAAUUCCUGUUGGGGAGGUGAGGCCGAUCACCUUGAAAGCUAGAAACCUGCCUCAGCCACAGUCCGGCCAGAGAGGUUAUGAGUGUGUCCUAAACAUCCAGGGAGUGGUACAUCGUAUGCCAGCGCUGCGUUUUAACAGCUCCAGUGUCCAGUGCCAGAACAGCUCGUACAUCUAUGAAGGAAUGAAUGUUAGUGAUCUGCCAGUGGACUUUUCUGUGGUCUGGAAUGGAAAUUUUACCAUUGACAACCCAUACCUAAUUAAAGUUCACCUGUACAAAUGUGCAGCACAGAGAGAGAGCUGCGGCCUGUGCCUGAAAGCUGAUCAUAAGUAUGAGUGCGGCUGGUGUAAGGGAGAAGGCCAUUGUACGUUACACCAUCACUGCAUGUCUCCCCAAAAUCAGUGGCUAGACUGGUCCAGCAGGAAUGUCAAGUGUACCAAUCCACGGAUCCAUGAGAUUCUCACCGUGUCAGGACCACCUGAAGGUGGCACCAGGGUAACCAUUCGAGGUGCGAAUUUGGGCUUGGAUUUUUCAGAAAUUGCUCAGAAUGUGGUUGUGGCUGGAGUGCAGUGCACACCUGUGGAGGAAGAAUACAUUAUUGCAGAGCAGAUUGUGUGUGAAAUGGGUCAGGCUUCCUCAACAUCAAGCUCAGGACCUGUUCUUCUCUGUAUUGGGGAGUGCAAGCCUGAGUUUAUGGCCCGAUCUCUGCAGCAGUACACCUUUGUGUCCCCAACAGUGGCUCAUCUGAGCCCAAGUCGCGGCCCUGAAUCUGGUGGAACCAUGAUUACCAUCACUGGACACAAUCUUGCUGCUGGAAGUAUAGUGUCAAUGACUCUAGGAAAUCAAACCUGUGAAUAUUAUGGGAGGUCUCUUAAUGAGAUUGUAUGUGUGACAGCUCCAUCCACUCAUGGGCUAGGCCCUGUUCAUGUAUCUGUGAGUGUGGACAGAGCUCAGCUUGAAAGUAACCUACAGUUUGAAUACAUUGAUGACCCAAAGGUCCUGCGCAUUGAACCUGAGUGGAGCAUUGCCAGUGGUCACACUUCUCUCACGGUCAUUGGCACCAAUCUGGACAUCAUUCAGCAGCCAAGGAUCCGAGUGAAAUUCAAUGGCAAGGAGUCUGUGAAUGUGUGUAAAGUAGUAAAUGCUACGUGCCUGACAUGCUUGGCUCCAGCUUUGACAUUGGAGUAUCGCCCUGGCUUGGAUUCUGUGGAGAGACCAGAUGAAUUUGGCUUCAUCUUUAACAAUGUGCAGUCACUCCUUGUCUUCAACAACACCAAGUUUAUAUACUACCCUAACCCAACCUUUGAGCUUCUCAGCCCUAAUGGAGUCCUAGAGCAGAAACCAGGGUCUCCAAUCAUAUUAAAGGGGAGGAAUCUGUGUCCUCCUGCAACAGGGGGAGCCAAGCUGAGUUAUACUGUGCUGAUUGGUAAAACGUCAUGUUUUGUUACUGUAUCUGAGACUCAACUACUUUGUGAGUCUCCAAAUCUCACUGGACAGCAUAAAGUAACAGUUUAUGUUGGUGGCAUGGUGUUCUCUCCAGGUUCUAUCAAUGUGAUACCCGACAGCCUCCUAACACUCCCAGCCAUUGUCAGUAUAGCUGCUGGAGGAAGUCUUCUCCUUAUCAUUGUCAUCAUUGUGCUUAUCGCUUACAAACGCAAGUCUAGAGAGAAUGACCUCACUUUAAAGAGGUUGCAAAUGCAGAUGGACAACUUGGAGUCACGAGUGGCCUUGGAGUGCAAAGAGGCUUUUGCUGAGCUCCAAACUGACAUAAAUGAACUGACAAGUGAUUUGGAUCGCUCGGGUAUACCGUACCUGGAUUAUCGAACAUAUGCCAUGAGGGUGCUCUUUCCUGGGAUAGAGGAUCAUCCAGUGCUUCAAGAGCUAGAGGUUCAGGGUAACAGGCAGCAGUGUGUAGAGAAAGCCUUGAAGUUAUUCGCUCAGCUAAUCAACAAUAAGGUGUUCUUGCUGACAUUCAUCCGCACUCUAGAGCUUCAGCGCAGUUUCUCGAUGCGUGACCGGGGGAACGUGGCAUCCCUCAUUAUGACGGCUCUGCAGGGAAAGCUGGAAUAUGCCACAGAUGUCCUUAAGCAGCUGCUCUCUGACCUUAUUGAAAAAAAUCUGGAGAACAAAAACCAUCCCAAACUGCUCCUGCGCAGGACAGAGUCUGUAGCAGAGAAGAUGCUCACAAACUGGUUUGCUUUCCUUCUGCACAAGUUCCUCAAGGAGUGUGCCGGAGAGCCCCUGUUCAUGUUGCACUGUGCCAUCAAGCAGCAGAUGGAGAAAGGUCCCAUUGAUUCCAUUACAGGGGAGGCCCGCUACUCACUAAGUGAAGAUAAGCUGAUCCGCCAACAGAUUGAGUACAAAACACUGAUACUGAACUGCGUGAACCCAGAUAAUGAAAACAGUCCUGAGAUUCCAGUGAAGGUUUUAAACUGUGACACCAUCACUCAAGUAAAGGAGAAGAUCCUGGAUGCAGUCUACAAAAAUGUGCCAUACUCUCAGAGGCCGAGAGCUGUUGAUAUGGAUCUAGAAUGGCGUCAGGGGCGUAUAGCCAGGGUCGUUCUACAGGAUGAAGAUAUCACAACCAAAAUAGAGGGAGACUGGAAAAGGCUGAACUCACUUAUGCACUAUCAGGUGGAAUCAGUUGACUGCAUUGGCAAGGGAAAAGACCAGGUCUCAGACCGGUCUAUUGUAGCCCUGGUUCCAAAGCAAACCUCAUCCUACAAUAUCCCAGCUUCUGCUAGCAUCUCCCGAACAUCCAUCAGCAGAUAUGAUUCCACAUUCCGCUACACAGGAAGCCCUGACAGCCUGCGUUCACGUGCCCCAAUGAUCACCCCAGAUCUGGAAAGUGGUGUCAAAGUUUGGCAUCUGGUUAAAAACCAUGAACAUGGAGACCAGAAAGAAGGAGAUCGGGGAAGCAAGAUGGUGUCCGAAAUCUACCUGACUCGGCUUCUCGCUACAAAGGGAACGCUACAGAAAUUUGUGGACGACCUGUUUGAGACACUGUUCAGUACGGUGCACCGAGGCAGCGCUCUUCCACUGGCCAUCAAAUACAUGUUUGACUUCCUAGACGAGCAGGCCGACAGACAUGGCAUUCACGAUACAGAUGUGAGGCACACAUGGAAGAGCAACUGCCUGCCUCUCCGAUUUUGGGUGAAUGUCAUCAAGAACCCCCAGUUUGUAUUUGACAUCCACAAGGGAAGUAUUACGGACGCCUGCCUUUCUGUAGUGGCUCAAACUUUUAUGGACUCUUGCUCAACCUCAGAGCAUCGACUGGGCAAGGACUCGCCCAGCAACAAGCUACUCUAUGCCAAGGACAUCCCCAACUACAAGAAUUGGGUAGAAAGGUAUUAUGCUGAUAUUGCCAAGCUCCCAGCCAUCAGUGACCAGGACAUGAAUGCCUACCUCGCAGAGCAGUCCCGCAUGCAUGCUGCAGAAUUCAACAUGCUGAGCGCCCUGAAUGAGAUUUACUCGUAUGUCAGUAAAUACAGUGUAGAGCUCAUUACAGCCUUGGAGCAUGAUGAACAAGGACGACGGCACCGCUUAGCUUACAAAGUGGAACAACUAAUAGGAGCAAUGAGCUUCGACAGCUGAACUUUACUUUGUCCCCUUAACUUUUAAAAAGGGGGAAAGGCUCCUGUCAAAGACUCAACAGAGUGACAGGAUUCCCUUUACUUUAUGUCCAACUGUGAAGAACUACAUGAAGUAUCAAUUGGUCUAACAGUAGUGUGAACCUAUCACAGAGCAAGGAAAGCAGCAGAACCUGUCCCAAACACAUCAUUCCUUACCUGAAUGUGAAGACUCCAGAGAUGUCUAAGAGGCUGCUUAUUGCAUGUUCAAUGUAAAGUAUGUGACUACAGACAACAAAAGACUUAACUGCCCUGUUGGUUUGGUUGAUUGUUUAGCUUGUCUUCUCUUCAACAGACUUACUUUUUUUGUUAUUUAUUGUUUUGGGGAAAGAAACCGUUAUUUUUUGCCCAUCUUGGGAUACAAAAGGGAAUUUCAACUCUACUUUGUUCCUCUUAUUUAGCAAAUGUUGGCAUAUUUUGCACUGGUUCAAGAGAUGACUUUCAAGAUGUCCAUGAUACACAGCCGUGUUUAACAAAAGCAUACCGUGGAACAUUUCAGAGUGCCAACCUCUGCUUAAAGACACACUUUCACCAGUCUGAGUUCUGUGGAACUUCACUGACAGCCACUUCCAAUUCACCAGCUGAACUAUUAACAGACACAUCAAAGCAAGAGGUGUUUUCCCAUAAACCCUUUCAAAUCACUGUUUACUGGACCAUUGUCACUAUCAUGGCCAUGGUCACUACACCAUGGCCAAGACCAGUGAAUAGGACAUGUCAGUAGUGAGUUAAUUAUUGGGCAUGUUUCUGACAGCUGAGCCACAAUCACUAAAGACAAUGCCACUGAUAAGGGGUAUAUUAUCCUAUAAAAAUCAGCUCGGUACCAGGCAUGUGAGGCCAUGCAUGUCCAUGUAUUCCUACCACCUCUGUACCUUCUUCACCAUUCAUGAACUGACACUCUUGUAUAGCACUAAUAUUUAGACCAUUAAAGAGCCACCAAAUAAAUACUCUACUUAUAUUUUAAAUGACCAUUAAAUGGCCAGUAACAUAAAUUAAUGUUGUGUUCAUAACAUAACAUGCACUUUUUUCAAAAUAAAGUAUGUAGUCACUCUUCUUCAAUUUCACUCCAGGGCUACAUUAAAGUUAUUCUGUAAUUAUUUUUAAGGUACAGAUUUUUAUUACUAAAUGACACAAGCCAUCUCAGGUCAUUGUGCCUGGUCAUGUGCUUUCAAAAAGAGCUAGCACUUCACAAUGGAACUGCUUUUAGAUUGUAACUUUAAGAGACACUAAUUGGGUUACCUUGAUUUGGAUUUUUACUUUUGAGUACUGUUCUCAUAUCUACCACUAGGUGGUUACCUUUCUAUUGUUCUACUGAAGGGAAAGGGAGGAGGGUGAUAUCACCCUAACUUGCAGUGCAGUAAUAAAGUGUGACUGAAAUCUACCAGAGCACAAGUCACAUGACUGAGGGCACCUGGAAAACUAAGAACAUGUCUAGUUUUGAUAAUUUUCAGGACAGAUUCGCCUAUCUCUAGUAAUCACAAAUACCAGCUUUUUUUUUAAAUGAAAAACUAUCCCUUUGGAACAUUUGUGGUUAAAUGGUUAUGUUGAGCUUUUCCAUUUGAUUAUAAGAAGUAUGCCAUGUCUGGGGAGGCUUCAGUCAAAAAUUAGUUUUGUAUGGAAACCCCUGUCCUGGUGGGUCCUGGGCUAUUGCCCCUUUUAACAUGACAGUCCUUCUGUAAACUACACGUAUUCUAUCAGGCAGAUAGUUUAGACUCAUAUCUCAAACAAGAUGGUGGAGAGAUUUGCCUGAAGAUAAGUUUUGCCACAAACAUUUCUCAUGUGCUUUUGUUGUUUUCCCCUCACUUUGUAAGGCCUAUCAUAUGUUGUGAUUUGCUGCCUAAGAGGGAAUUUUAUGAACACUCUGGAAUUAAUGCUUGGGCAAUUUCAUUUGUCAUUUGCUGUCCAUCAUUUGCAUUAUUCUAAUUUACAGUUUGUACGUGAUCAGCUUAGUCAGAAGCAUUGCCCACAAAUUCAUUUCUUAAUGAUGAUAUGUUUACAACAGCCAUUACUUGAACUAGCUAUGGAUAUUUAUUUUUUAUUGCUGUUUGUUUGUUAUAUACAAUCUCGGAACAUCAGGCACUUGAUGCACUCUUGUUUUCGAUUGCAACACUGCAUUAUUUAGUCACUGUUUCAUGGUCAUUUAAGUGCCACUCCUUCUGUUAAAGGGAAACUAGCGCACUGCUCUUCCGUGAAAGGAUCAACUAAGUGAACUUGUACAUGCCUUGUCACAGCUUAAAGGGAUAUGUGUGGGCAGCCAUACUGCUUGCUAAUAAAGUUAAACAUCCCUAACAUAUACACUCAUAUUUAGCCCCCUUGGUAGGUGAAAGCUUGAUUGGAAAUACUGAGCAAUACUUUCAGAACAAAACAUUUCUAAGAUUUGAAUAUACUUGUUUUACUCAACAAGAAAAGCCAUACUACACAUUUUUGGCAUGAUUAUAAAAGUUAAUUUAACAUCUAUAACAAUUCUAUCAUUUUAUGCCUCUCAUGCAAUAGCAGCUAUGGUUUCCCUUUAUAUAAAUAUGCUCUCCCUCUGUAACAACCAAUUAAAAAGCUCCUGGGAGCACAUGAAACAAUAGCAGACUUGCCUAUGAGACUAACAGGUUUAGAAACCUGUUUCAUGUGCUGCAAGGAGGGCUACAUUGCUUAUUGCAACUUUAUUGUUCCCACACUGGAGACCAAAGCCCCCAAUUUUCUCUUGCUACGGUAAGUCACCUUCUUUGCUUAGAGGCCAUGCAGUGAAUUGCAGGGCAAUACAGUGCUGGCCAAUAAGUCCCGAUUUUCUUUCUACGUAUUUAAUGUUUCCUGGUGAAAGUCUCUCUUUUUAGUUCUCAUUUAAAGUUAGAGAUAAAUUAAUUGGGGUGAUUUGUGAUUUGAUUUGUAUCCAUUCAGUUGAAAUAUUCUGAAUCAGGUUUAACUGUUUAUAUCAAAUAGAGCCAGAUGAAAUCAGUGUGCAAAAUAGCAAAAAAAUACGAUUUGCUUAACUCUACAAACAAUAUUUCUGGCAUUCCAUUGUCAAAUUGUUCAUCGUAACCUUGGCUGCUACGAGCUCCUCGCCAUCACAUCUUGUUUGCGGCUGGAGCUGCUCUUGAUAAUUUAAAAUAUAGACAUUCCCAUAUUUUUUUACGACUGAUCAUUGUUGAGCAUUGUCGGGUUGAAUAUACCAAUUCCCAGUAAGAGAGUCAAGAACAUUGUGGUCUUAUGUGAUUUGUGUGCUGGACAUUGAGCAAGUACCACUUUAGAAAACCAUUUGUGAAUUUUCAAGAGCGCCUAUUGUAAAUGUGCCAACCAGGAAUAUCCGCAAUUCCAUAGCAGUCUUUAUUUUUCUACAGCUCUUAGCAAAGUGUGUCAGAUGAUGAACCAAACGGAGCAAUGACAUUGCAGAGUCCAAACUCUGGGAGUGGGCCUGCUUCUCCCCAGCUCUACUGCACUUGUGAACGAUAGUGUGUCUUUUGCUUUCUCUAUUUUAAUUUCCUCGUCUGCCUCGCUUUUUUUUCUGUCAUUUUUACAGAUGUGAAAAUUACAAAAAAAAUCAAAAGACAAAAAAAAUAACCUGAAAGUUUUAAUUAUUUAAAAAUGUUCGGAGACAAAAAAGUUUUGUUAUUAUUUUAAUAUAUUAUUGUGUACCUAUUGUAAAUAUGAAACACUCCUAUUUUGCAAGCCAAGGACCCACUUUGUACUAUUGUUAUAUAUAAAUAAAGUUUACUGGAUAAAAAAAA